GACACGUGUAUUAACGUCACUGUGUGAUUUAUCCUCAAAUCUUUCAUUUUAUUACAUUUAUAAACAUGGUAAUUAUGAUAAUUUUGUCAGUAGAUAGGGAGCUAGAUAGAUACUGCCCUUAAUAGGGUACUGGUGGUAUCCGAACUCAAGCCGUAUCGGUUUCAUUGGGCGUAAUGUGAGCGCAAUAGCCCGCCGUGACGUAAGGACUCAAUCUAUCACGCAUGCGCAGUGCGGCGUGAGCUCUCAGGGAGAUACGAGAGACGGCAGGUACAGCGAGCACCAGCACACCUGUACCUACAGACAGGCACGAUGUCCGGAUUUGAGCACAACCCCUUUGCCGAGCCAGUGGAUGUCAAUCCUUUUCAGGAUCCAUCAGUGACUCAGGUGACAGACACUUCUGCUGAUGGAAUAGGAGAGUUUAACCCCUUCACUGCCAGUUCUCUAGACGGCCGCACCAUUCCCAUCGCCACCACCCAACCAGCCGUCCUGCAGACAACAGUAGAGUCCAGUCCGCAGGCCAGUGCAGCUGCAGGACAAGCCGAACUUCUCCGUCAGCAAGAGGAGCUGGAAAAGAAGGCCGCGGAGCUGGAACGCAAAGAGCAAGAGCUUCGAGAUCGAGAUCGAGGUACUACACAAGGUAAACAAAACAACUGGCCUCCAUUGCCAAGGUUCUUCCCGAUAAAACCAUGCUUCUAUCAGGACUUCGAUGAAGAGAUCCCUGGGGAUUUUCAGAGGGUUUGCAGGAUGUUGUACUACCUCUGGAUGUAUCACAGCGUGACGCUGUUCCUCAACCUGCUGGCCUGUCUGGCUUAUUUCACUCUGUCUCCUCAAAAUGGAGUGGACUUUGGACUGUCAAUCCUCUGGUUUAUUCUGUUCACUCCUGGCGCUUUCGUCUGCUGGUACCGACCCGUUUACAAGGCCUUCAGAUCUGACAGCUCCUUCAACUUCUUCUUUUUCUUCUUCAUUUUCUCAUUCCAAGUGAUCGUGUACAUCAUUCAAAGUGUUGGGAUCCCCAGCUGGGGAAACAGUGGCUGGAUCACAGCCCUCUCUAUGAUCAAUACUAACAUCCUAGUGUCAGUGUUCAUGAUGGUAGUGGCGGGAUUCUUCACUGCUAACGCUGUGCUCUCAGUCAUCUUACUGAAAUUGGUUCACUCAAUGUACAGGCGAACGGGUGCGAGCUUCCAGAAAGCCCAGGAGGAGUUUUCUCAGGGGGUGGUUACUAACCGAACCUUCCAGAGCGCCGCAGCCACUGCGGCUUCUGCGGCUGUACGCUGAACUCUGCACUAUUAUCCCCAAACACUAAAGACUCUCAAUACUUCACCAAUGCACGAGUAUCACAGAACAGUUUCCUUAAACUUUCCGUGCAGAAGGUUUACUGAUGCAAUAUAAUCAUUGUAUUACUAAAAAUUAAAUGUCGAUCUGUGAGGCUGAUAUUACGAUUACACACUUUACAUGCAGUUGGUUACCUCCAAGUUAAAUUCGUAAAACGUGUCUCAAAGGCACAAUUUCUUAUAUGAAUGUAUACAUUUGAAUAAUUGUUUUUGUCUCUUCUGUAUGUAUUUGUGGUGAAGAUUGUUUUUGGUACCGUAGUUACAUGUCAUUAUUGGUAAUAGUUUUAUUAAUGGUAACAUUUGAACAACAGUUUCCUAAGAAAAGCUUAGCAUUUGGUGGCCUUGCUUUAUUAGUUACAAAAUGUAUUUAGAACGAUUCUUCUGAUUGAACAACAGUACUGUCGUGUUGAAAUAUGUUUGUUUCUUCACGUUACAGUCGUGUUAUAUUGAUAUGCUGGUAUUGCAGUGUUCUUAACUAUGAACAAAAGUUGUACAUAUUUAUAAACUGAGAUUUUAUUUUGUUGUGCAGGCUUGGGUGGACUGCUCAUGUUUUACAAUUAUUGAAUAAAACAUAUUCCGAGUAUGUUCUUAA